UGGCACCCCGUGAGGGACGGGAGCCAUUUCUUUUACUGGUCUGGAAAGAGCUGCCAAUCGCUUGGCUCUGCUAGCUACCUGAGAAGCUGUUUGCUGUCAGCUGGUGUAAGCUGACAUCAAGAUGACGAUUCCCACGGAUGUCAGACUGGAGUAUUUGGAGAGGGUCUCUUCCCUUGUCCUGAAGUUCAAGCCAGACAAGUGGAGUAAGAUGAUUGGGAUGGAGGAGAACAUGGCUUUGUUCACUGAAUUCUUCGAGAAGCCAGAUGUACCGGUUCUGGUGUUGACGCUCAACCCUGCCGGCAUGAUCAUACCCUGCCUGGGCUUCCCAGCCUCCCUCAAGUCCAAAGGGAUGUACUUCAUCAAGAAGAGACCCGAGAGCAUCGGCAAGGACAACUACAAGGAACGUCUGGUCUACGGGGACAUAAGCCCCACGCCUGUGGACCAGCUGAUCGCCAUUGUGGAGGAGGUCCUCUACUCCCUGUUAAACCAAAGCGAAAACAUGAGCGGCUGGCCCCGCGUGGUCUCGGAGGACAUUGUGAAGCAAGUCCACAAGCUGAAGAACGAGAUGUUUGUGAUGGGCGGCAAGAUCAAGGGGAAGACCCUGCUGCCCAUCCCGGAGCACCUGGGCAGUCUGGACGGCACACUGGAGUCCAUGGAGAGAACUGCCCUAGAGCUGUGGCGCAACGUGGAUUUUAUUCCAGAGCUGUCUCCCUUCAUCCUCUUCAUCGGGGUCACCGGUACCCCAGGCAAAACCCAUUAUUGUCUCAGGCUCUGUCCUGGCUGA